GGAGGAGGACAUAUAUUGCACAUGUGUGCUGAUAUUACUAUUGCUGCUGAUAAUGCCAUUUUCGGUCAGACUGGACCAAAGGUUGGAAGCUUUGAUGCUGGUUAUGGAAGUACCAUCAUGUCCCGUUUGAUUGGACCAAAAAAAGCUAGAGAAAUGUGGUACUUGGCAAGGUUUUACAAUGCCAUUGAAGCAGAUAAGAUGGGAUUGGUUAACAUUAUUGUCCCGUUGGAGAAACUAGAAGAGGAAACCAUCAAAUGGUGCAGAGAAAUCAACAGAAACAGUCCAACUGCAAUUCGAGUGAUCAAAUCGGCCAUUAAUGCAGCGGAUGAUGGACAUGCUGGUAUUCAGGAGCUUGCAGGAAAUGCAACACUUAUGUUUUAUGGAACUGAGGAAGGUAAUGAGGGGAGGAAAUCAUUUGUUGAACACAGACGGCCAGAUUUCUCAAGAUUCCCUCGUCUUCCAUGAUUUUACCAAUUAAUGAUCAUUCCUGCUUACAUGGUUUUGCUGUUUGUUCGUGUUUUUCUAGUUACCAUUGUAUCUUUUUGUUUUUCCUCGUCUGUCUGGUUAUGAUUGUUGCUGGAAUAAGGAAUAAGAAGAUUUAUUACUCUUCAGUCUUAAUGUUUGUUGAUCUAUUGUAACAUCGGUUCUAUGUUUUAUUAAUAUCUGCAAUAAAAUAAACUUGUCAUCA